AUGGCAAUGUCUUUUAAAUCAGGAAGGACUUCUCGAAAUCUGAGUCAAAACCAGGCUCUGCUUUCAAAGUUUAGGAUACAGGACUAUAUAACAGUGCAGAGGAGUUAUGACUCUAAUUUGGUAGGAAGUAUAGUGGAUUAGAUGCAGGAAAAACGCUACUCUGAGCACAGGAAGAUCGUAUACGUUGAUAUGGAGAUAUUUGUGCUCAGAUACUACAUUCUCAUCUACAGCAUACUAGUAGGUCUUACAGUUAUCUUGUACUUCUGGUUCAAUGCCAAAACUGACGAAGGAUAAGAGUACGAGAAGUGGUAUUUGACUUACAUGGUGACAGGCAUGGCACAAGCUCUGGGAAGCUAUUUAUUAGCUAAGAAAGUUCAGUACACUUAUCAAAAGGACUACCGAUUGAUAGUUUGCAAAUCUCGCUUCCUCAUUAAGAUCAAAGCGCCCCCAAAGACUUAUCUGAAAUAUGGCUUCACAGUUAUAGAUCUUGCUCACAUUGGGAUAUGCAUUUGGGGAUUGGUUAUAUACAUUAAGAACUUUACAUUCAUUCAGCAUCACUUCUAAAAAGAUCCUCUCAUUCUCAUAACCUGCCCUCUUCUGUCCUCACUUGGAUUCCUUUCUAUAAUAAGACUAUUUGUGUACACAGUGUUUUUCAUUGUGGUGCCGAACAAGGCUGUAAGCUUCAAAAAGCGAAGAAUCAACAGCUAUGUGCAGCAUCUUGAAUCUUUCAAAUUUCCAGUCAUACUCCUAGGUGACUACCUAGCUCAGAUAGAUGCUAUAUCUGCUUACAAUAAUAUACAUUCUGCUAGUUUAGAGUAAAAUCCAUAUGAGAAUCUUAACUUAGAUACACUAGUAGAUCACAUUAAUUCUAGUAAUAAUAUUGAGAUUUAUUAAAGUCCAUCGAAAAAUGAGGAGGACUCCACUGCGAUCGAUGAAUAGUUGAGGAAUUCCUCUCCUUAGAAAAAACAGGAGUAAGACAAUCCUUAAAAAAUUCAACCUAUUAAUUAUAGUAUGGUUGAAUCCAACUUGCUUAACACUAACUCACCUUAGCAAGCUCAGUCUGCCUUAUCAAUGGCUUAGAAAGAUAAACUUCCUAAAUGCAUAGUGUGUUACAAAAAGAUGAAGCCAUUGGAUGAAAUCGUAGUGUUGAACUGUAAUAUUAAGCACAUUUACCAUAAAAAAUGUAUCAAGGACUGGUUCAAAAGGAAUGACGACUGUCCGAGAUGCAAGGUUGAUGUAAUUUCUCAAUUAAAUCCAUUAAACGAAAAUGAGAGAAUGUCCUUGUAUCAAGUAUGA